GCGCGUGAUAUCACUCACUAACGUGGGCUGGACAUCCGUUGUUUAUUCUCAGAAAGGAAAUUACUCACGGUUGGAAUGAGCCUAGCUAGCGGCAGGACUUGUCCAGUAUUGUCUCUCCGGUACUCUCGUCGCUACCGCCAUGAUGGGAACGAGGAUCGGUGUGUGGUGGGUGGUGGUGCUGGCGGUGGUAGUGGUGGCGGUGCUGGGGCAAGACUGCACACAAAUGAGGCAAGAAUGUCGGCUUAAAACCAGCAAGACGGUACUGGACAACCAAGAGAUGGUCUCCCUUAACGUCUCCUGCUACUGCAAGAAGGGCGAAGAUGUAUCAAGAAGCCUGGAGGAGGUAGUAGGUCUCAAGUGUUCCUGGCUGCCAACUGCCCCACACCUCAAGGUCAACACCUCCACAUUACAUAUCUCCGGCUGUAGUGUCCAUAACAAUGUGGUGCCGUCGGCAGUGUGGAAUCUGGUGCGUCGGAGUGACCACCUGGAGGUGUGGGUGGAAGCCUCACCAAGCUUCCGCCUGGGAGCCUACAUUGCCCCGGAGGAGGAGGAGACACUGCCCUCCCUCACCGCCACCUUCAUCAACAGUAAGAUAAGCGGGUUACCUGAGGGAAUCUUGGGAAGCAGCCACCAGGUGGAGGUACUGGUGGAGGAGUGUGAGCUGGGGGUGCUGGAGACCCGCUCCUUCUCUGGCUAUCCCUCCACGGCUAACGUCAGUGUCACCCUCGUUGGUACCGACAUACUCACGCUCAAGAUGGUGGCGUUCGAACUGCCUGGAGCCGGGAGAGUCAAGAUGGUGGGUGGACGGGUGGGGUCAUGGGAGGAGUCUGGCUACUCGGGAGGUUCUCAUCUCACUCUGGAUGGCGUCAGAAUUGGUCGCCUCCUCUCCGGGGCCAUCAACAUCCACGGCCUCCAGUCCUUCGCCAUGACGAACUGCACCGUCGCCACACUCUACGAAGAGGCUCUGAAACACAAGCGCCUCCCUCAGUCGCAAGCUGUAGCCGAGGACGAGACGAGUUCUGCCACCUUCAAAGACAACAACUUUGUGGAGGCCAAUGGUAAAGCCUUUGUCAACCUGUGUGGCGUGAAGAACCUUGUGUGGCACAACAACUCAUUCGUUAACAUUACCAUGCCUCCUCUCAGGUUCCAGGAACCCGAGUGUGAGACAGCUCGGGACUGGAAGAAAAUAAUUUCUCUGACUGGCAUCAACUGCUUAAAUUGUGAGGACUUCAGGAACUCAGAUGAACAGACCUGCGCCAUCUACGAAACUGGAUACUGCACGUCUUGUACGGAACUCUUCGAUAAUUGCUACAGCCCAGCACUCCAUCUAAUUAUUAAUCAGUGUUCAACAUCACAUCCAAAUGUUGUGUCAGAGCUGGAGACCAACUGUCAUUUCAACUACAGCAAAACCAGGCCAGAGCCCAGGAGCUUAACUGGUGUUGGGAGUAAUCUUAUUCCGCUCUCAUUGUUAAUAUAUGCUGGCCCAGUCUUAUAUAUCCAUAUGCUGAAUAAUUAAUUAUUAAAAAUUAUUCGAAUAGUUAAAAAUGCUUUGAAAUUAAAUCCUUAAAAUGCAAGGUUUGAUCUGAAAGCAAGCUAUAAAUUCAUACGCAUACAAUCAUAUCACCUAUGACAGAUUUCAUAAUGACUGCUUUUCACUGUCAAAACACUGACGUCGAAAAUAACUGUCAAUGUGAGUACUGUAUAAUGCUGUUAAAAAUGUUAUAUGGUUAUCAACACAGAUGUAGACUGAUUCAUGUGUGGUUGGGUCCCCACUAGUGGACCUUGCCUAAAAAAAAUUUAAUCCAAAGAAAAAAUAAGAAAUAAAACAAAGAUUAUUAUAUUCUUUAAGACAUUGUUACUGGCCACCAGACCUUUGCUUCGAAUUCUUCAAUCAACCCGUCCUCUGGAAUAAUACAUCGUAUUCUUACAAAAUACAUCAAAAUCACUGAUGGACCUGAACCGAUUAUGUGCCUCUGUAAUCAUCUACACCACCGCCCACGGGAUGGGUAUGGGGUGCAUAAUAAAGAAAUUGAAUUGAAAUAUGAGCUAUUACGAAUCAUAGCGGUUCACAAACCAACCCGUUCUUCUAAGCAUUCACAACGUCACUAACUGUUGCACUAAAUUGCCCGAACCUAGCCUACCCGAGGACCCAAUAACUGAAAACUGUACAUCUCGUCAAAUUCGCGAGUCACUGUCAAUUUUAUACGUCUGUUUUUGGCCUUUGGGUAAUUAUACGUCAAAAUGCGAGGUACUAUUCAGGAGAAUGAGUUGCACAAAAAGCAUGUUUUCUAUGCGUGGCUCCGUCUGUUAGACUAGGUUAGGUUUGGGCCAUUUAGUACACCAGUUUUAUGACGUUGUGACAAUAGAAGAUGGGCUGCUUCCAUACACACAUGUCAAAUGUGCAUUAAUGACACUAUGUAAAAGACACAUCGAACACUUUAUGUAGGGCAUACG